CUUAAAUUUACUGCAAACUUCUCGUUAUUCGCAUAAGAGCAUUUCAUAUUAUUGGAAUCUAUUUAUCAAAUCGUAAGUAAGUUUAGUUACAAUUCCGAAAAUGAUGAGCUGGAGAGACGAGAUGAGCCAAAUGCUUACUGCAUUCGAAUACCAAGCUAAAUCUUCUCUGGGUAACAUUAAACAGGACCUCAAACGAAAUGGUCUCGCACCCAAUGCUGAUUUCAAGCAAUAUUUUUUGCGUGUUUCGUAUGAUCGAAUCAAGAAUGUGUACGAUGAAUUCGAAAUCAGUUUAAUGUUCGAGGAUGCGAACACUUCAGCAACCGAUGAAUAUCCGAAUUUGUUUCACACUCCAAGGUAUGCCAUGAACAAUUCCCAACAAACAACCAAUGACCCAUUUGAAAUCAUUGACUCGAGCGACGAAGAGGAUCAACCAUCAAAAAUGGAACGUGCCAUUCGGUAUAAUGGCCAUGGCAUAUCACAUGAAUUAAAAGAUUAUGUUCAAUUUGACGACAAUAGAAGCUACACCGAAAUGUCUGAUAUGAAAUCAAACGUUUUUGAUUAUCAAGGGGAUGUUUCACAAAACAGAGAUUGGGGUUGGAUUGAAAUGAACAACGCAAUAAAAGCGAAAGAAAUGGAACUGAACGAUGGCAUUCCGAUAGUCGCAAUCGAUGUACACCGUGCUAUGAACAUAACGAGCCAAAACACAUCAACUGAAAUUUUGAGCAAUGCAUCGAGCAACGGUGGUGGUGCCAAAAGAAACAACAUGGCAGGAAAAUCUUUUGGACAUCAAAGAAAACAUGCCGAAUCAAGCUCGACUUCAAAAUCAUUGCAAAAUAAAAAGUCAACUCCAUCAAACCCAAUGGAGACGAAGCGAUUCCAAUGCGAAGUUUGUGAAUAUUCUAGCAAUCGCAAGUGGUGUCUCAAUGUGCACUCGCGUACUCAUACCGGCGAGAAACCAUAUCGAUGCAAUAUAUGCCAAAAAGAAUUCACGCAGCCAAAUAACUUGAAACAGCACAAAGUGACUCACACAAAGGAAUUUUCGUUCCAUUGCCGUGGCUGUUUCAGUGGAUUUUCUCAAAAGGCCGAAAUUGAUGCGCAUGAAAAAUUAU